AUGUUUAUUGUGGAGUGGUUUUCGUCUAUGCUAAACUUUUUAGGUUUAUGGAAGAAGUCGGGUAAAUUAGUGUUCCUUGGUCUAGACAAUGCUGGCAAAACAACACUCCUUCACAGACUGAAAGAUGACAGGAUGGCCCAGCAUGUACCAACCCUUCACCCAACAUCUGAAGAGUUAUCAAUGGGUGGCAUGAAGUUUACGACAUUUGAUCUUGGAGGUCACAGGCAAGCACGAAGGGUUUGGAAGGAUUAUUUUCCUGCUGUGGAUGGAAUAGUCUUUCUUAUUGAUUGUCACGACAGAGCCAGAUUUGUUGAAGCAAAGGCUGAAUUAGAUAGUUUACUGACAGACGAGCAGGUGGCUAACGCACCCAUGUUGAUUCUGGGCAAUAAGAUUGAUAUCCCUGGUGCUGCUAGUGAAGACGAGAUACGGCACUGUUUUGGCCUACACAACCUGACCACUGGCAAAAACCAUAUAGCACCGAAUUCCCUAACAUAUAAUUACAGAAUAGUACAUAUUCUUCAGCUAUUUAUGUGUAAAUACUUGUGGUGCACUUCUGCACUGGCUGCAUGCUCACAUAAACUGAAAUACUGA